AUGUCGUCCUCUCUGAUCGCCGCGAGAGCGUCGUACAAGAAGCUACAAGGUCUGCUCGAGCUCACAGAAAGCGACAUAACCUGGACACAAGACGGCAAGCAAAAUUCCGCCGUUACCGUCCCACGCUCAAAAGCGGCCUCGCUCUUCUCCAGCAAGGAGGGCACACCACAGGUCAAGCUCAAGAUCGGCCUCGUCCACGAUGAAACGGGCCACACUUUCACUUUCACCUCUCCUCAACCCACUGCGCUCAUUGAACGCGAGAAAUUCAAGAGCGAACUGACCGUGAUCGUUGCUCAGAAUCGCACAAUACGUGAUGCUCAGGCUGCUGCUCAGAAUGGGUCUGCGUCGACACCAAAACCUACGCUUCCCACUUCCGGAAUCCCUCGCCCACCAUUGCCCGGUUCUGUUCAACCUCAUGCGUCGACCUCUCGAGCAGCCUCCGUGUCCAGCAAUGCAGGCACACCUGGGCCACAGAACGACCCCAUCAACGACUUCAGACUACGCAAGAAGGUCCUCGUGCAGACACCAGAGCUUGCUGCGCUUCACCGGGAGCUCGUAAUGACUCGGCAGAUCUCAGAGGCGGAGUUUUGGGAAGGUCGAGAGCACCUUCUGCUGGCCCAAGCGGCCUCAGAUGCACAGAAGAAGGGCCGCCCAGGUCAAUUAGUCGAUCCCAGGCCACAAACUGUAGACGGCGGGGAAAUCAAGAUCGUGGUUACGCCACAGCUCGUCCAUGACAUCUUUGAAGAAUAUCCUGUCGUGUCAAAAGCUUACAGCGAGAACGUCCCGAGCAAGCUCUCAGAAGCCGACUUUUGGAAGCGGUACUUCCAAUCAAAACUGUUCAGUUCUCAUCAGGCCUCGAUUCGUUCAACGGCAGCACAACACGUCGUCAAGGAUGACCCAAUAUUUGAUAAAUAUCUCGAAAGGCCUGAUGAUGAGCUGGAGCCGAGACGGCAAAGAGACGAGGAUGUGGGAAUGUUCAUAGACUUAGGGGCAACGAAUGAGGAUCACGGAGAAGCAUGGAGUGAGAAGGACGUGACAAUGCAAGCGGGAAAACAGAGGGGCGCAUUACCCCUCAUCCGAAAGUUCAACGAGCACUCCGAACGUCUUCUCAAAGCUUCAGGAUCCGAAGGACCUUCACCCAAACGGAGACGAAUAGACCCAUCUUCCGGAACCGACUCACGAUACUCCGAAAUAGACCUUCCAGAUCUGCAUGACCCAGAGUCUUCAGCAGGUAUCUUACUCCAGAUGCAGGACCGUCAGCGCUACUUUGAAGGUCGAACAGGGUCUAUCGUUGCCGCAGAACAGAACGCUCGACCGGCGGUUGACGUCCGAGCAGCACUACAAGCUGCAAAGAGUGACCUUCGCGACUGGUCAAAUAACCUUGGACAGCUCAAACUUGAUCGAAAAGCGACAGACUCUGCCGUCCUCUCUAUGACCCAGAACGUCGCCGCCCGUCUAGACGUCAAAUCGCGAAAGAACGACAUCCCCGACGAGAUCUUCCGCCAAAUGUCCACCUGCCAAACCGCCGCCAACGAGUUCCUACGGCAGUUCUGGUCCGCCAUCUAUCCCUCUGCCUCGAACGCACAGACACUAGCUCCCUCCACACCGGCUCAAAAGGCCGACAAGGCGGCGAGGAUGGCUGGAUAUCUGGGCAAGACCCACGAGAAAGUGGCAGCGAUCGUCGUGACGGCGCAUAAGUCAGGUGUAGACAUGGAGAAAAUCGAGAUCGCCAUGAAGCCGAUUUUGGAUGCCGUGGAUAAAGCCCUGGCCUUUUGGAGCAGCCGAAAAUCGACAUGAUCGUGGCGAUUGGUUUCGGCGCGUGCUGGACCAAUUUGGCUGUCGUUUUCUUGGAAUUCCCUCCUACAGCUUUCGCUGGUCAUAUCUUUCACUUACCUAUCCUCAAGUCGUCGUC